AUGACCACAGUUAACUAUAGAGCAAAAGUUGUCAAGUGCCUAAGAGUAUACUCUCAUUCCACCCUCACCAAAGCUGACCCUAAGGUUGACGAUGAAACCUCAAGUUCUGAUGGUAAAUCUGAAGAUGAUACCAAUGGUAAAUCUAAAAAUUUGUCUCAGAAACUGAGUGGUAAAUCUAUUGAUGAUUCCCAAAAAGCAUCAUGCAAAUCUAAAGAUGUUGAUGCAGCUAAGAUUUCUGGUCAUUCUAAGCAAGACAGACAAAAGACCCCCAAUUCUAAUGGUAAGGGCAACACAAAAUCGAGUAUGCCAAAGUCGAAAGAAACUGAUGUUCAAAAGUUACUGAAGCAUGAAGAAGUGCAUGGAAUUUUGGGGCCACAUGGUGCUAUAGAAGACAAAUUUGUUGCAGAACUUGGAGGAAAAGUUCAUGUGCCAGUCAUUUCUUUCAGUGCCAGAAGCUCAACUAUUUCCGGUGCACAAAAUCGAUACUAUGUUAGGACAACUCCAGAUGAUCUGUAUCAGGCUCAAGCUCUUGCAGCCAUUUGCCAAGGAUUUAAAUGGCCUGAAGUAGUGAUUUUGUAUGAAGACACGGAAUACGUCAAUCAUUUUCUUUGGCAUCUGAAUAAGGUAUUCCAAGAAGUUGAAAUUGGGAUAGCGUAUACGAGUGCCAUCACAUCAGAUGACAUUCAAAUAUUUAAAGAACUCAACAAGCUUAUAGCAAAGAAAACGAGGGUAUUCCUAGUGCACAUGAACUUGUCACUUGGUUCUCGGCUAUUUCUUCAUGCCAAAAAUGCAGGAAUGAUAAGUGAAGGGUAUGCAUGGAUUAUCACCGAGUAUUUAUCUAAAUUCUUGAGUUCAAUGGAUUUUGUUGUCCGCGAUUCCAUGGAAGGUGUUUUGGGUAUAAGGCCCUAUGUACAGCGGUCAGAAAAGCUCAACAGUUUCCAACAAAGUUGGAAAAUGAAUAUGGUUCCCAAAGAGAGUGUGGGUUCAAUUGGGGAGUUAAAUGUCUAUGGUUUGUGGGUGUACGAUACAGUAUGCUCCUUAGCAAUAGCAGCUGAGAAGAUUGGGCCAGUAAACGCAAGCUCAUUAUAUACGAACACCAGCAAAAAUGAAAUGGGCAAUUUGAAAGUCUCAGCAUAUGGACCAAGACUUCUCAGCGAAUUAUCAAAUACAAAAUUUAGAGGCCUGAUAGGAAACUUUCAAUUUAUUAAUGGGAAAUUGAAACCUUCAGUAUUUGAGAUAUUCAACGUAAUUGGAAGUGGAGAGAAAACUAUGGGGUUUUGGACACCAGAAAAAGGAAUAUCUGGAGAAUUAAGUCCAACUGGCGAACCAACAAACUCAACAUCCACAAAAAAUCUCAAAAAUGCCAUUUGGCCUGGAGAUUGUGUCGCGCAACCAAAGGGUUGGGCUAUUCCUGCAACAGGGAAACUGAGAGUUGGGGUUCCAAUGGCACGUGGAUUCAAACAAUUUGUAAAUGUAACAAUAGAUCCUGCAACAAAUCGUACAAAUGCAACUGGGUUUUCAAUUUAUAUCUUUUUGGCUGCAUUAAAGUUGCUACCUUUCACUAUUAAAUACGAAUUCUAUCAUUAUAAUGACAGCAAAAAUAGUAAAUGGACUUAUGACGAUAUGCUUCAUGAGAUACCUCAGCUGCUUCACAGGGAUCUUUGGAUAUCAAUCAUCAUUGCCUGCAUUUUGAUGGGAAUAGUUCUUCGAAUAUUGGAACGCAGAGUACCAAACACUGAUGAAGAUUCGAUUAGGCCACACAGGGAGAGACUUAGAAUGACCUACUGGUCUCCAAUAACAGUCCUUGCAUUUCCUGAAAGGAAUAUGGUGGCUAAUACAUGGUCAAUAUUUGUAUUGAUGUUUUGGCUGUUCAUGGCAUUCAUCCUUAUGCAGAGCUACACAGCUAAUUUAUCGGCAAUUUUGACAGUAGAUCAACUAAAAUUUGCUUUUUCUGAGGAGUACUAUGUGGGAUAUCAGGAGGGUUCCUUCAUGAAAGAAUUUUUGAAAGUGCAACUAAACAUCGAUGAGUCAAGGCUCAAGAGCUACUCAUCAGUUGAAGGGUACCAUGACGCUAUGUCUAAAGGAAGCAAAAGGGGAGGCAUAGAUGCCAUAUUUGAUGAGAUUCCUUACAUGAAGAUUUUUCUUAAGAAAUAUGAUUCUCUGUAUAAAAUGGUUGGACCAAGGUACAGGACCGAUGGAUUUGGCAUCGCAUUUCCUGUUGGCUCUCCCUUAACUGCAUAUUUCUCAAGAGCAAUCGUUGCCGUUACUCAAGGUCCAAACAUGACAUUUAUUGAGCAAACAAAUUUUGGACAUGGAUACUCUUCUCAAGAUCCACUUACCUCGACGAUCUCACAACGGACCUCCAGUCUUGCUUUUGGUGACUUUGGAGGCCUCUUCAUUAUUGUAGGAUCGGUUACCAUGUUUGCUCUACUCUGCUCAGAGACAUCACUUGGACGAAAAGUUACUGCUCAGUUCAGCCAAAUGUGCUUCCAUCUUAUGCCUUCAGAAUUCCAUUCAACACGAAAUGAUAGGGAAGAAAUACAUGAUCCAGUCCCCGAGACUGGGGCUCCGCAUAUUGAAGAGCCACUGAGUCAAAGUGAGGAAGAAAUCUGUGAACCUGGCCAGAACAAUGAGAGCGCUUCUGCUGAAAAUCAAGGAAGUGAUAACCAUCAAGAGGGGAAUUCUUAG